UGUUUUUGCUUAGGGGUGUUCCUUGACGUUCGCUCAACGCCUCAGCACCGCAACACCGUGACUGCGCUUGCUGGCAACGCUUGUCGUCGGUAAGCGUGUGCUCGCCUAUACUCGUACUAUUUGCCAAUUAGGUCUUUACUUCAAAUCGUUGAAUUUAGUGCGAUUUCGGCACUCGCGCUCUACGUAUCUAACGUCAAACGCGCUGUGAUACGCGCCAUGAAAUAGCAUAGCCUCGUUAAGCGGUUGUUAUCGAUCGACGAGCGGCGGCAGUGAAUAUUUGUGUGCUCUUACGCGUUUUACUAUGUUUUCGUCUGAUGGCAAAUUUGUUAGACGAUCUUUAAGAUUUCAUAUGAUAACAGUGUUUUGGUGCAAUAAGUUGAUUAUAAUGAUCCAUAGUUGCCAUUGUGAUUGAUUUGUGAUGUUUUUGUGAUUGUGACGGACCUUCAAGCUUAAGCGCUUGAUUGAUAAACCCCAUAAAUAUAAUAUAUAAUGAUAAUGAUCAUAAUUGUGAUUUUCCUCUUGAUAAUGCGCUCGAUAUCAAUGCUAUUUUACGCUUGGACUCUUUUGAGUUUGUGGUUAUCGAUUGUUGAGUGAUUUGUGGAGAUUUCACUAAUUUCAUUCAUAUAAAGAAAAAAGAAGAAGUAAACCAGCCAAAAAAAAAAACGAUCAGGUUUAGCUCUGAUCAUAUGCGUGGAAUACGGAUUUUACCGCGAAGAAUGUUACCCCAGUUAACGCUCAAUGCCAAGAAUACUAUUUUACUUAUGGUAAUGUUUGCCUUUGUAGUUCCAGCUUACACAAAAGCAAAAGACUAUGUCUUAAUGCUUACGACCCACAACGACCGAGCGCUACAUAUAAAUGACGUCGGCAAGGUGACUGCAGCUAACAUAGCUUUUGCACAGCCCAUAACCAUGGAUAAUGUUGGUGAUCCAUUUAAUGGCGAUCCAUUCUUUAUUACGCUUUAUGCCAAACAAGUUGGGCGGUUUUUGUGCUUUCGACAUGGCAGAUUAGAGGGACUGAAACAGCUCACGCGCGAUUGCCACUUCAGUGAGAGCAUUGAACAUGGUCACUACAUGUACGCGAAUGCCUACAAUGCAACGCUGCGGGUAGGUUUCACGAAGCGAUUUAAGCCCAUUGGACCGAAGCGGCUGAAACAUGCGCACAGCAUCAGUAAGGAUCACUUCCUCUUUGAGCGGCGCCGGUUGGAAGAUAUUACUAUUAGUAGAAUCACCUCUUCAACUACAAGAAAAACAACAACUAAACCCAUUAUCACCACCACCACCAUCUCCACCACCACAACAACCAUGCAUACACCCAAAGUCACACGCAUUCAGCGGAAUAGAUAUAAUGCCCACAAACACAAUAACAAUGACAAUAGUUCCACACUGAAAAGCACCAUAACACAGGAGAGCCUACAGCAACCACAAAAAGGACUGCAUACAGAAGCUGCAAAGAGUAUUACUAAUAAUAAUAAUGAUAGCCAUAGUCUUAGUAAAGAUCAUAGAGUUAAUGAUAAUAAAAGUAACAACAAGGGCAAUAACAAUAGGCCACAACAACAAGGAGGCGGUUUGCUGGAAGAGCGUCUCCGUAAGUUGCAACAUCCGUUACGGCACGAUAAAAAUAGUAUUGAGAAAAAGAAUCACCGUCGUCGUCUACACAAUCGGCGGAAACAACAACAAAAACGACAACAGCAACAUAAUUUGUCAGCGAAAGGUGUGGUGCGCCACCAUCACAACAACGGCACAAAAAUGGCGCGCAGACGUCAACAUGAACGCGAGCAAUUGCUGCGCAAACAGAGUCGCCACCGUCAGCAAAUGUUGGCACGACACGAACAGCAACAGCGCCAGCAGCCACCACCGACAGCGCGUGGUCCGGGCGCGGCGGCUAGCUCUACGGCGUCAACAGCGGCAUCAGCGCUUACAGCCACUGCCGCAUCGUUAGUGCCGACAACGCUGAUUGACAUAAUGGCUAUGUUGGCCGCGUCGCGUCGUAAGCGCGGACGACGGAAAAAGGAGGUAACAGAGGAGGAGAGUGAAAGCGCGGGCGCGACUGGUAGUGCAGGUGCGGGUGCUAGUAGUGGAGCACAAGCCGAUAUGCAAAUAGCUGUGGCACAAACAGCGCUACCCAAACCAAUGGCAGAAGAGAUGGUGGUGAAGCGCCAAACGGAGGAGCGCCUGCUGUUGGAACGCGGAGAGCAGUCGCCGGCGAGUGCGCAACGUCAAGCAGCGCUGGGUGCUGCGAUCAAGGGAGCGAUGGAGGCGCCAACGCGCAGGCAUCGACAUCAGCAUCAAGAGCGGCGGCCGCAGGCGCUGGCUACGGCCAACGAACCAGUGAGAGCGGCGCAACAUGUUUCUGAGAAUAUGGUUGCGCAAGCGCAGGCGCAGCCCAAACAACAGCAACAAACAGAUGAAUACUCAAAUAGUUAUGUUAAUAGUAAUUUAAAUAGUAAUUAUAAACUAAAUGCUUAUACUAAUGCUAACGCUAAUAAUGGUAAUGAUAACGUUAAUGCAAUACCUGCCUUGCCAAAAAACUACUUAUACGAAAACUCGCAUCAACGCGCCGAUUAUGAUUAUCAUAGUCACGAAGAUGAUGACGACGAUAAUGAUAAUAAUAACUAUAGCAACAACAAUAACUACAGCAACAGCAAUAGAAGUAGAAAAAGUAGUGUUAGUCAAAGUAGUGAUAGUCUUAAGCCUAGUAUGACUGAUUAUAGUAGUAAUAGUAAUAGUAAUUCUAAGUUUAGUCAACAACAGCAGCAACAGCAACAGCAACAACCACAAGCAACACUUAACCAUAUUAGGCAUAGAUACCGACGACGAGCUGCUGCCACCGUAGCCACAAACGAAGCAACGGUUGCAACAGCUCACGAUCAACAAUAUAGUCAUGUUGAUACGAACGACGACCAUGUUGCUACAAACAUUGUUGAUGGGCAUGUUGCUGAGCAACAGCAGCCCGUUCAACGCGCACAGCAACAAGUGGAUUUGGCAAAAAACGAAGAAACUGCCGCGAAAGUGAACGCUUCCGUGGUGGAUUUCGGGCGCCAACAAAAUGCUAAAACGACUACGAAAACGAAUAAAAAUACAGCAACAAAUAUUAAAACGAAUAUAAUUGAUGCGAAUACAAAUACGAAUACUUAUUUGAAAGAUAACAACAAUAACAACAAUGAGAAUAUUGAUAACAUUAGUCUUAAUAGUAAUGGUAAGGUUAGUUAUAAUGAUAACGGUGACAUUAAUGUGCACACUGCUGUUGCAGAGCAAGCUGUUGCUGUCGCUGUGAAAAGCAAUAACCAAGGCGGCAAUGGCGUGAAAGACAAUAAUGUGAAGCGUAAUUUUUUUGAUAUACGCCUGCCGUUUUUUCGUCAACCUAGCAUCAAUAACAACAAUAUUAACAGUAAUAAUCAUAAUAUUAUGCUUAUUGCUGACAACAACAUUAAUUUGGAUGUCGUAGAGGGUGUGCAUGAUAAUAAUGCUGCCGCUAUGCAAAUGCAUGCAAACGCUAAUCAAGAAGCCAAUGUUAAUCAUAUUAAUAGGCAUGCAAUUGCUAAUGCGUAUGCAACGCCACAGCAACAACAACGGCAACAGCAACAAGCAGCAAGUAAUGGCGCUGCUACCACUGCCGCGAUUGUUGUUGGCAAUUUAGCUUUUGCCGCGCGCUUAGCACACGCAUACAAUUACGAUAAUCACAAUGUUAUUGAUGCUAUUCACCAUAAUAUUAAUAAUAAUAAUAAUAACUAUAAUGCUAAUCAUGUUAUGAAUGAUGAUGAAAAUGUGCAUGCUGCAAAUAUCGAUAAUCUAAAUAUUGUUAACGAGCAUGUGUUAGCCGCUGCUUAUCAUAAGCGUUUUUUUCGUAGCUUAAAUUAUGCUAAUACUAAUCACAAUGUGAAUAAUAAUUAUAAUAAUUAUAAUGAUGAUAAUGAUGUCAAUGACCCAGGCGUGAAUAAUGAUGAUGAAUGGAAAAGAAAUCAUAAUAAAUAUGAUAUGACUAUAGUACAAUACAGAUAUGUAGUUGUCUUUUAUUAG